CUCUCUCCCUGUGUCACGCGAUAAACCCGCUGACGUUGAGAAAAAGACCCCCUUUUAUCUCUCUUAUCUCCACUCCACCUACACCGAUUGACAUUAUAAUUCCUUAUCUCGAGACUGGACUUUGGAAAUCCGGACAAAAAAGUAUAUAUAUUAUGACAUUAUGUAGUAAAUGAACAGCGUUAUGGAAGGAGAGAAAAUAUAAUAGCCGUGGGGGAGGACCCGAGUAUGCUGGAGGAAGAGAACUCAUGUUGAGAUUCCUUUUUGGGGACUGGUUGGAUUUGUUGCAGUAUAUUGGUGCCGAUGAGGAACUAACCCACGCAUUAAGAACAACUGCCAUGGCACUGCUUGCCUCUUCCACACCCAGCUGCGGCUCGGGUGACCAACUCACCCACCUGCAGCUGGACGAGGCUUGUUUGACGGUAGAGAACUCGGAUCCCAAGACACAGUUACAGCUUUGGGCACAGUCAGAAGAAUGCUACACGUGUCCACCAUGGAAGUACCUUACUCUUAAUGCCAAUACCACACAAGAUCUGGUUGUAAACAGUACAUACCCUACGCAGCUUUAUAUUCGAACAGCAAAUGGGACAGAUGUGCACAGUUCUACAUAUCAUUUUGGAGAGUAUGGAGGCUAUAAGCUUGGAUUUAGUACAAAAACUAUUACCAGUAUUAAGGUUCUAUCUCUGCCACACAAUGAAUAUCUUCCACUGCUCAUUGCUGCCAUAUUCUUUGCGAUGCUAGUCUUCAUCUGGCAGUGUGGAAAGAUGCUCAUGAGGAGAAUGGACUCUUCCACGUAUUCAAUUGAGUCUUCCAGUGGGACAAGUGAACGCACUCCCCUCCUCUCACCACGACAGGAAUCUGCAGCAGUAUCUUCGGCUUCUUACUCCCUGUCUCCACCCACAAACGCCCAAGCAUCAACCUCAUCUGCUCUCUCCGAUGCCUCUCACAUCAUGUCAUCAGCCUCUGUCGUUGUCCCAGACUCCCGCAGGGCUGGCGGCCGUUUGCUGUCAUUGGAUACAUUUAGAGGACUGGCAAUUGUUGUUAUGAUAUUUGUGAAUUAUGGUGGAGGAAAAUACUAUUUCUUCAAACACGCUCGUUGGAAUGGCCUUACUGUUGCUGAUUUGGUCUUCCCAUGGUUCCUCUGGAUUAUGGGGGUCAGUCUUGUCUUCUCGGUGCGUUCACAACUGAGACGCGCCACCAAGAGAUAUGUCAUGGUGAUGAGAAUUCUUAAGAGAUGCCUCAUUCUUUUUGCUCUUGGCAUUGUUGUCAACAGUGAUGGUCACAACUACUUGCCAACUUUCCGCAUUCUUGGUGUGCUCCAGCGCUUUGCUGUAUGCUACUUCAUUACUGCUGUUAUGGAGGUGUAUUUAAUGGAACCACAGGAAUCGCCACAGUAUGUUUGGUACUGGCCAGUGAGGGACUUGGUCAGGUCUUGGCUGCAGUGGGUUUUAACCAUUGUUCUUGUAGCAGUUCAUAUCACCAUCACCUUUAGCUUGAAAGUUCCUGGAUGUCCCACUGGCUACCUGGGUCCUGGAGGUCUGCACAAAGGAGGAAAAUAUGCUAACUGUACAGGCGGUGCUGCUGGGUAUAUAGACAGAAUGGUGCUCGGAAUUUCUCACGUUUACCCCAGACCUACUUGCCAAGUGAUAUAUAAUGGCGACACCCCGUAUGAUCCAGAGGGCAUUCUGGGUGCUCUUACUUCGGUAUUAAUUGUUCAGUUUGGUGUUGCAGCUGGCCGAAUCAUUGUGACUUAUCAGGACCAUAAUUCUCGCAUUAAGAGGUGGAUUGUUUGGGGUGUUGUAACUGGAAUUUUAGCUGGAUGCUUCUGUGGCUGGAGGAAAGAGGGAGGCCUCAUUCCAGUGAAUAAGAAUCUGUGGUCCUUGUCAUAUGUCUUAACCACUGCCUGCUUUGCCUUCCUCCUUCUCUCAUUCUUUUACGUGGUGAUUGACAAGUGGCAAUGGUGGAGUGGAAACCCUCUCAGAUAUGCUGGCAUGAACUCUAUCGUCCUCUACGUCGGGCAUGAGGUCUGUGGCUCACUCCUCCCCUUCUCGUGGCAACCAGUGGGCCAAUACCACGUCUAUCAUCUUAUCAUGAACCUUUGGGGAGCUAGUCUUUGGGUGUUUAUUGCUUAUUUUCUUCAUCUCAAGAAGAUUUAUGUAUCCGUAUAAAGUGAACUGAAGAGGGUGCUUGAAAUUACUGCCAUUGUAACUAAGGUUAUCUGUCAGUAUAGAGUAUACUGAAGGUUGAAAGUUACUGCUGAAGGCUUAUCUAUCAGUAUAGAAUAUGCUGAAGAGAGUUGUUGAAAGUUACUGCUAUUGUUACCAUGUCUACUUCUUUUUUAAACCUGAGAUCAGGUUUUGAUUACAUAUUGGCCAUAGUAUAUUAUAUAUAUAUAUAUUUUUUUUUUUUUUUUUUUUUUCUUCAUAAUAUUGCUGGACGAUACUUUAUUCUUUUAUAUCAUUUAGAGAAGAAAGUGACUAGGGAUAGUUAAACAUGCUUUUGAAACAUAUUUUGAAAGUAGAAAAAAAGAAAAAAGAAAAAAAAAAUGCGCAUAAGUAUAUAGACAAAAACCGAGCUUAGCAAUAGCGAGAUUGUGCUUUUGCAUAAUCCUAAAGUUACAUUCCCUCUUUUUGUGAUAUAUUCGGACAAAUAUCUUUGGUUAUAGUAUUCAAGAUAGUGGAAUGGUGUACGUUGAUAACCGACAAUACCUGGAAUUUCUUUGGAUAUUUAUAUAUUUUGUUAAUCAUUCAUAUAUAUUUCAGUUGUUUUUUUAAUGUGUAUUUUGAAUAAUCUUUUUCUUUGGAGGCCUCCA